UAGCCUUUCAUGGGCGGGAAUAUCAGGUGUCAGAAUGAUCCGAUCGUUGGCCGGAUAUGCGUUGAUAUUAGAUAACAGUUGGUAUACUUUUUUGUUGAUAUCAUGAGUACCACAUCAUCACUAAGCUCUGUAUCAAAGAUGCAAUGUUUGUCAUGCAUCGUUUUGUAAUGGUGAUCAGACCUCCUGUUUUCUUCAUUGGAUUUAGUUUUGUGAAGCCGGAGUUGAGUUUCUGCAUAUAUUUAUUUAAGCUUUCCAUCCUAUCGUUUGGGCCAUGGCAAAGGGAGCAGAGAUGGUUGCCGAUAUGUUCCAGCGCUUGGGGUCGAUCAAUCGCUGGCGACUGGUUUGUGUAUUUGGAGAUUCUUGAGAGAUGGUGGAUUUGGGUAAUAUACACGUCUAUUGCGUGUUUACUUAGUUACCGGAUUGUUUUAUUUCGAUUACACUAUAUUACGCUUUCGUCCUAGGGGACCGGCUAACGAAUGUCCUUCUUUUUUCUCUUUUCUCUCUUUCUCUCUCAAUUCUUCUUUUUAUCUAAAUAUUAUCGAACUCAUGGGAGAUCGAGUGGGUUGUUCUUCUUCUAUGCAUCGUUCUGUAUAUGGACAGUACAUCCACAGCACACAGUUAAAUCGACGUGCGUAACGCGAGGACACGGGCUUCUCCUCUCCGUCGUUCGCUGUAACCAUCAUCGGCGUAUAUCCCAAAUCGUAACGAAUCAACAUUCCUUACCCCAGGGAAUCAGAGAGAAGGCGCUAGUAGAGAUCGUGUGUAAAUGAUCGAUCUGUUCUUUUUUCUCUCUCUUUUCUCUUCUUAUUCUCUUUCUUUGUGGUUUCUUAACCUCUUAACACUUGACUGUAUCUAUCACACAGAGGAGAGAUAAAAUUGCGUCACAGAGAAGAAUGUAAAGUGUGCCACGUGCAGAGAGAAAGUGUGGCGUAUUGGGGACGUAGGAAACAAAACGAACGUAUUACCGACGGCAUCGCUGCAUCCCCUAUCUUCUCGAGAUAUCCUUUCUUUCGUGCCAAGGGAAACAGACGUGCACUGUAUAAAACAAAUCUCCCACCCAACUCCAAAUAUGGAAAGAGGUCCUGACGAACUGCAAAAUUGCGGCAACACGGUGAUCGUGUUUGUAACUAUCAUCAUUGGUUUAUGUUUUUUGUCCAUCUUUCUCUUUCUUUGUCUCUCUUUUUCGUUUUGUUCAAUCUGUGUUUUUUCUUUAAUCGUACUUUCAGCGAACUGGGUUUUGUUCGUGAUUAGAUGACGUGAUAUAAUUAUACGUUGAAGGAUCCAUAUCGACCUUUGUUCGAAUGAGCCAUACUUCAGCCCAAUAUUUUAGCAUUUCGUAUCAUCAUAUAUGCGUUGUUGUUGAGUAUAAUUGUACAUCCCUGCUAUUCACGAGACGAGAAGGUAGCCAAUUUAAUAUUUUGAAUUACUAGUAGUAGUACUUCCACUGUUUUUCUCAGCCAUCGUCUCGGAAUGGGCCUCGAAAAUGAGAUGUAAUGUGUAGGCACGGUGUGGGGAUGCUCGAAAUUCAACAAGGACCUCCAGUGUCCGUGUGGGCGCGCUUCCCGUUCUGGUUGUACCAUCAAAUAUCAUCGCCACCAUCUCAACAUCGCAACUAUACAUUAAUUACAGAGCCUGAGAGCGAGGCUGUUACCAGUUUUUUUUUCUUUUCUGUCUACGUUUUGGUUUUUUUCUCUUUUCUCUCUUUCUCUCUCUUUUUCUCUCUCACCUGUAAUUAUAUAUAUAAAUAUUGUUCUCUUUUUCAAACAUACAAAAAUGUACCAAAACCCUUCAUGGCGCCCGGAUGCGAUUUCUGGUUCUGCUGUGGAAGAAGUGACAAAUCCAACACAUCUCCUUUACUGUACUGGGCUCACUCAACACACGAACUGUUACCGUGCGCCAUUUCUCACAACUAAUACCAUGGAUCCCGAGGCAUUGCUUUCUGUUUCAUGUUUCCACAUUUUCAUUACGCGUUAAACGACCUAUGUUUUAUUUUGUUUUAUAAAUGCAUAAUCUGUUCCCAAAUUUUGUAAGAAUAGUACUGAAAAUUUUUCAAACAGUACUAACAUUGCAACUAUUUUGUUAAAAGGUUUAUGAAUUUUAAUCAUCAAACCUUCUCUCUUUCUCUUUAUCUCUCUUGGCGUAACGACUUACUAGGUCAUGGGCCUGCCUUGUAUGGCUUACUUCACUUAUUUUAGCACGUAGCCGGAUAGUCGGUCCUUGCUACGGGGGAUUGGAUCGGUCCGUCCGUGUGAAGAGCAGCGCCGCUACCAGCACGCCACCGGGCCGUUCCUUACCUCAAUGGAUCUUAUUAACCCCAAAAACCUUUUUGAUAGUUUUGAAAGUGAAGAAGUUGUUGAGCCCGUGAAGCAUUGUUGAUCGUAAUGAUAAACAAUGCUAGAUAACUUCCAUAUUCUAUCGAGAAUGUUACACUAUUGAUUCGUAUUUAAAUCCAUCUUGCUUAUACGAUAUAAUUAACUCAUCUGGUACCAUUUCCUGAAUGUGCUAGAUUAUGUGUGAUAUAUAAAUUAUUAUUUUGUUGACUACGGACUUGUUCCACUUGUCAAACAAUGAUCUGACCAAACGCUCUCCAUUUACAUGUGUCUGUGCCUGUGGUUCAUACUCCUCUAUUGAUUAUACCGCUUCGCCAUUCACCGUCAUCGAGUCAACUAAUUAAUUCACGUUAUUUUUUCUUGUUUUUUAUUUAUUUUCAGGAUCUAUGUGUAUCUCGUAUUGUUUUUGUUUCUCUCUCUCUCUUUCUAUCUUUCUCUAUUUCUCUUUUUGUUUCAUCUACUUCCUUACGUGUGCCAAAAGGUACAGAAACGCGCUUUCUAUGCAAAAAUACCACCCAAAGAACGAUAUACAAGCUAUCUGCUACUACUACUACUACUACUACCACCAAAACAACUAUUCUUCCUUCGACAUCAUGUUACAUUUUGAUACUUUGCAUAGGCCAACAGUGAAUCCGUUCGCCUAUCUACUAUUACCAAUACUAGUGCCUACUGCUACCUCCGCUACUACUGCUACUAUCAUCACCACUACUACCAUCAUAAUAGCUACCAGAUCUUUCGUUCGUCCUUUGAUGAUUUUUGCAUCACGUACAAACGCCUACAUGCGUACUGCGUAAUCGCGAUGGUUGUUGGAGCAAGAAUCUAAAAUGUUGGCUCAAACCAUCCCCCAAUGCUCUCUGAAAGGUAGAGCGUAAAUGAACAGAAAAGUACCAAUAGUAUCACACACAUUCACAGCACGUGGCGAGCAAAUGUAUGAAUAGUUGUGAACUUGUGCACAUCCUCACAUAAGUUGACUCCCCCAGAUCCAUGGAAGAGAACCGAAAAUUCUCCCGUACAUCACGCAGCCAGUGUAUGACCUUCGCCAGAUUGGUGAUGUGGCAUUUGGACCGGGUACACGUUCGGCGCUACUGGGUAUACUGGGUGGCGCCUUGCCCCGACUAAAUACGGAGCAGAUCGAGCUUGUAUCGAGAGCCAAAAAGUACGCCAUGGAGCAGAGCAUCAAGAUGGUGCUGAUGAAGCAGACGCUAGCCCAUCAACAGCAACAGCUGGCUAGUCAACGUACACAAGUGCAACGGCAGCAAGCAUUGGCUCUCAUGUGUCGUGUUUACGUCGGCAGUAUCUCUUUUGAACUGAAAGAAGAUACCAUUCGAGCGGCUUUCCUACCUUUUGGACCGAUCAAAUCGAUCAAUAUGUCUUGGGAUCCGAUCACACAGAAGCACAAAGGAUUUGCGUUCGUGGAAUAUGAAAUACCGGAAGGUGCACAAUUGGCGUUGGAGCAGAUGAACGGCGCAAUGCUCGGGGGGCGUAAUAUAAAGGUCGGUCGACCAAGCAACAUGCCUCAGGCACAGCAAGUGAUCGAUGAGAUCCAGGAGGAAGCCAAAAGUUAUAAUCGCAUCUACAUCGCUUCGAUCCAUCCGGACCUGACCGAGGAGGACAUCAAGAGUGUGUUUGAAGCGUUUGGGCCAAUUAUGACGUGCAAGAUGUCGCAAGGUAAUGCGGUACAUACACACAAAGGAUACGGAUUCAUUGAAUAUCAGACGAACCAGUCCGCAAUUGAAGCAAUCGCCAGUAUGAAUUUGUUCGAUUUGGGAGGACAGUUGCUAAGAGUUGGUCGAUCCAUUACGCCACCAAACGCACUAAUGGGACCAGCUGCAAAUUCAGCAAUGCCUACGGCAGCUGCCGUUGCGGCUGCUGCUGCUACCGCCAAAAUCCAAGCAAUGGAUGCUGUGGCCACAAAUGCAGUGCUAGGACUGUCCGCUACUACCCCUGCGCUGAAGGUUGGUCUCACGGGACUUCCGCUUAAUCCAGCCAUUACAACGGCAGCCAGCGCAGGGUUUGUCGCACAAGCACAAUUGGCCGCCGCAACCCAGGCCGCAGCUGCUAUAAACAGUCAGCCGGGUUUAUUGGUCCCACCCGUCUCGCUUGCUCCAUCGCUAUUGGUUAAUCCGGUGCUGGGAGCUGCAGCCAAACCACUUCCUACAGUAUUGAGCCAAGCGAAUCCGGCUGCGGUAGCUGCGGCAGCGGCCGCGGCAGCAGCAGCAGCGGCCGCAGCCGCAGCGGCACCGAACGCUACCGCUGAAGACGUGUACAAGAAGGCACAGGAGAAACAGCAAGAGGAGUUACAGAAGAAGUUACUGGAAGAAGGAGAACCGCAAACGUUGCAGCAGCAAGAAUCGAUGUCAAUCAAGGGACAGAGCGCUCGGCAUUUGGUAAUGCAGCGGUUAAUGAGGCCGCGUGAAAGCAAGGUGGUCAUUCUUCGCAAUAUGGUCGGACCUGAGGACGUAGACGAGACGCUGCAGGAGGAGAUUCAAGAUGAGUGUAGCAAGUAUGGUGCUGUGGACCGGGUUAUUAUCUACAAGGAGCGCCAAUCGGAGGGCAACUUUGCCGAGGACGACAACACGGACGUGAUCGUGAAGAUCUUCGUCGAGUUCUCGCAGGCCACCGAAGCAGAUAGAGCCCGCGAGUCACUGAACGGCCGCUAUUUUGGCGGCCGGUUGGUCAAAGCGGAGUCUUACGAUCAAGCUCUCUUUGACCACGGCGAUUUGUCUGGCUAAAC